UACCUGUAGUCUUUCUACUGACUUCUACCAUAGACUGCUGAUCACUGCUGAUGUUACUGAUUUGCGUUUGCUACACACAUAAUACAUUUCAUUGCAUAUUAUUAUAGUCCUGUAUGAUGGCUGUGGUUGCUUCAGCAAUGGACAUUGACGACGAAGAAAACGAUUUACCUACCUCGAGCAGUGGUAAAGGUGAUAAAAAACGUUUUGAAGUUAAAAAGUGGAACGCUGUUGCUCUUUGGGCAUGGGAUAUCGUCGUAGACAAUUGUGCCAUUUGUAGAAAUCAUAUUAUGGAUUUGUGCAUUGAAUGUCAGGCUAAUCAAGCAUCAGCGACAAGUGAAGAAUGUACUGUUGCUUGGGGAGUAUGUAACCAUGCCUUCCAUUUUCACUGUAUUUCACGAUGGCUCAAGACUCGCCAGGUAUGCCCCCUUGAUAAUCGUGAAUGGGAAUUCCAGAAGUACGGUCAUUAAAUGAAUUAUGUUGGUAAUUUCAAGUUUUUCGUCAGAUCUGAUUUGUUUAAUGCAUAGGACAGCAUAACCAACCAACUGAAAAACAACAUUCUAAAAUUGCUAAAGAUCGAUAAAAAAUUUCUGUCACCAACUAAACAACAUUUUUUAGUCCCACAACUGUUUGUUUUUUUUUGUAUUCGAUAAAAAAUAUUGUCAACUGCCGUGAUUACUACCUUGUAAAAAAUUUGGAAUUUAAAGUCUGCUAGGUUUUCUAGUAAUACCAUAAUACUGUAUAAUCUUUAAGAUGAAUAAAUUUGUAAUGAGUUAA